UGUUUUGUGUUGUGUCUCUCAGUUGUUGCUGCACGGAAAUUACGCAUAUUUAAAUGCAAAUUUGCAAUUAAUAUAAAAACAUCUGCAAAAUGGAUCAGCCCGAUGAUAACUUUCGCUACAUACACAGCAGCGCGCUCCACGAGCGCGUGCAAAUCAAAGUUGGGACGCUCGAGGGCAAAAAACGUCAGCCAGACUACGAGAAGCUGCUGGAGGAUCCCAUAUUGCGCUUCUCGGGCCUCUACUCGGAGGAGUAUCCCUCGUUCCAGGUGCGCCUGCAGGUCUACAACAACGGGCGUCCCUACUGCCUGCCCGUGCACAGCGCCUACAAGGCGUUCGGCAAGCGCUGGAGCUGGAACGAGUGGGUGUCGCUGCCACUGCGCUUCUCCGACUUGCCGCGCAACGCCAUGCUGGUGCUGACCAUCCUGGACUGCUCGGGCGCCGGACAGACCACCAUCAUUGGCGGCACAGCGAUCUCCGUGUUCGGCAAGGACGGCAUGUUCCGGCAGGGCAUGUACGACUUGCGCGUCUGGCUGGGCGUCGAGGGUGAUGGCAGCUAUCCCAGCAAGACGCCCGGCAAGGGCAAGGAGUCGUCCAAGUCGCAGAUGCAGCGUCUCGGCAAGUUGGCCAAAAAACAUCGCAACGGGCAGGUGCAGAAGGUGGACUGGCUGGAUCGGCUCACAUUCCGCGAGAUCGAAGUGAUCAAUGAGCGCGAGAAGCGCAUGUCCGACUACAUGUUUCUCAUGAUUGAGUUCCCCGCCAUCAUUGUGGAUGAUAUGUAUAAUUAUUCCGUGGUUUACUUUGAGCCGGAGGGCGACAUUAAGUAUAAGCUGCCAGCUAAGCCCAAGCUGGUGUCCGUGCCGGACUCGGAAAUACAAAUGGAAAACCUGGUGGAACGCAAGCAUCAUCGUCUGGCACGCUCGGAGCGUUCGGGCAUCUCGGAUCGCGAUGCCAAGCCCACAGCGAGCAUUCGCGAUCAGCUCCACACCAUCGUCUACCGUUGUCCGCCCACUUAUGUGCUGACCAGCGAGGAGCAGGAUCUGCUGUGGAAGUUUCGCUUCUACUUGUCGUCGCACAAGAAGGCGCUGACAAAGUUCCUCAAGUGCAUCAACUGGAAGCUGGAGGAUGAGGUGAUGCAGGCGCUCUGGAUGCUGGCCAACUGGGCGCCCAUGGAUGUGGAGGACGCACUGGAGCUGCUCAGUCCCACAUUCACCCAUCUGCAGGUGCGCAAGUACGCCAUCAGUCGCCUGGCACAAGCGCCCGAUGAGGAUUUGCUGCUGUAUCUGCUGCAGCUGGUGCAGGCGCUCAAGUACGAGGAUCCACGCAACAUUGUCCAUCUGCACAGCUGCAUCUUCCCGGAGCGCGAUGUGGCACGCUCCAUGCUGGACGAGAACGGUUCGCUGAUGGAGCAGAGCAGCAUCUCGGAUCUCAGUGGCACGAGCAGCGGCAGUGCGUUACAUUCCUCGGUGAUACCCGCCAAUCAGCGUGCAGCGAGCGCACUGGCAGCCAUCAAGGGCGGCGAGAAGUCCAUCAGUCCCGCCUCAGGCGCUGCUCCAACUGGCAGCUUGGUGCAGACUCUGCCAGGUCCCAGCAGCACUCCCACACCUGUGACGCCCGCGCGUGUCGCUGAUGCCACUGCCUCGCUGGUGUCCGACUCAAAUUCCAACACGCUGAUGCUGGCCGAUGGCAUCAGCUUUGGCAGCGUGCCCAGCAAUCUGUGCACAUUCCUCAUCCAGCGCGCCUGCAGCAACUCCACGCUGGCCAACUACUUCUACUGGUAUCUGUCCAUCGAGGUGGAGGAGGUGGAAUCGGUGCGCAAGCAGGACGAGCGCGCCCACGACAUGUACGCCAUGGUGCUGAAAAUGUUCCUCAAAGUCCUCGAGAAUGGCAACUUCAAUCUGCGCGGCAUCUUCUACAACCUGCGCAAGCAGCGACGCUUCAUCGACGAGCUGGUGAAGCUGGUCAAGCAGGUGGCCAAGGAGCCGGGCAAUCGCAACAAGAAGACGGAGAAAUUUCAGAAGCUGCUCGCGGAGCAGGACAUGUUCAAGAUGAAUUUUACGAACUUUGAGCCCAUACCUUUCCCCUUGGAUCCGGAGAUUUACAUUACAAAGAUCGUGCCCAUGCGCACGUCGCUGUUUAAGAGCGCUCUGAUGCCGGCUAAACUCACCUUUGUCACAUCGAUUGCCCAGCACGAAUAUGUCGCCAUCUUCAAGCACGGCGAUGACCUGCGCCAGGAUCAGCUCAUCCUGCAGAUGAUCACGCUCAUGGACAAGCUGCUGCGUCGCGAGAAUCUGGAUCUCAAGCUGACGCCCUACAAGGUGCUGGCCACGAGCUCCAAGCACGGCUUCCUGCAGUACAUUGAGAGCUGCACCGUGGCCGAGGUGCUGGCACGCGAGGGCAACAUACACAACUUUUUCCGCAAGCACAAUCCCUGUGACAAUGGGCCCUACGGCAUCUCCGCGGAGGUGAUGGACACGUACAUUAAGAGCUGUGCGGGCUACUGUGUUAUUACUUAUUUGUUGGGCGUCGGCGAUCGUCACUUGGACAACCUUCUCCUCACCACCAAUGGCAAGCUGUUCCACAUUGAUUUUGGCUAUAUUCUCGGCCGCGAUCCCAAGCCCAUGCCGCCGCCCAUGAAGCUGAGCAAGGAAAUGGUCGAGGCCAUGGGCGGCGUCAGCUCAGACCAUCAUCACGAGUUCCGCAAGCAGUGCUACACGGCGUACCUGCAUCUGCGCCGGCAUGCCAAUGUCAUGCUGAAUCUGUUCUCGCUGAUGGUGGAUGCCACGGUGCCGGACAUUGCCCUGGAGCCGGACAAGGCGGUCAAGAAGGUGGAGGAGAAUCUGCAGCUGGGUCUCACCGAUGAGGAGGCUGUGCAGCAUCUGCAGAGUCUGCUGGACAUCUCCAUUACAGCCGUGAUGCCAGCACUCGUCGAGCAGAUACACAGAUUCACGCAGUACUGGCGGAAGUAGGAGCGGUCGUUAGUUCUAAGUAUUCAGUAGCCAAUGACAUUGUAGAUCCCAGUAGGUCUGUCGAUCUCCAGUUAAAUGUAACCCCAAA